UUUCGCAGCUCCCGCUGUCCCCGUUCCGGCCCCUCCCUGCUCCAGGAGGCUCCCAGGGACGAUCCCGAGGCGCUGGAAAUUCCCAAAAUCCCGGGUCCUGUUCCACAUCCCCCGGAGCCGCCCCAGAGCUCCCCCCUGGGCCCCUCUCCGGGGUUCCCUGGGGGGUUCCAGCCCCGAAAUUCCGCGGCCCCGCAGCAGAGGGAGGAGGAGCCGGCGGCCGGGGCGCAGAGUGAAGGGUCAGAUUCCGUCAUUUUGCUGAAGGUCAAGGAUUCCAGGACUCCGGCUCCAAGCCUUCCCUUUUUCCAGGCCGAGCUAUGGAUCAAGGAGCUGACCAGCGUCUACGAUUCCCGAGCCAGAGAGAGGUGGAGGCAAAUCGAGGAGCAGAAAGCUCUGGCCCUGCAGCUCCAGAGCCAGAUCAUCAACUUCUACAUGAAUUUGCUGAUGGAGAGGAGCAAGGAGAAGGAUUUGCCUGCAGUCCACGCCUUCAACACCUUUUUCUUCACCAAAUUAAAGACUGCAGGCUACCAGGCUGUGAAGAGAUGGACAAAAAAAGUGGAUAUUUUCUCUGUGGAUCUGCUCCUGGUGCCCAUCCACCUGGGAGUGCACUGGUGCCUGGCUGUUGUGGAUUUCAGGAAAAAAACCAUCACAUACUACGAUUCCAUGGGGGGGAUCAACAGUGAGGCCUGCAGGAUCCUGCUGCAGUACCUGAAACAGGAGAGUUUGGAUAAGAAAAGGAAGGAAUUCGACACCAAUGGAUGGGCCCUGCUGAGCAAGAAGAGCCAGGAGAUCCCGCAGCAGAUGAACGGCAGCGACUGCGGCAUGUUCGCCUGCCGCUACGCCGAGUGCAUCUCCAAGGACAAGCCCAUCAACUUCACCCAGCAACACAUGCCCUACUUCAGGAAGAGGAUGGCCUGGGAAAUCCUGCACAGGAAGCUCCUCUGAUGCUGGAAAAAUCCCGAAAUUCCAGAGAUUUGGAUCAGAAGAAUCCCAGGACUCUCCUCGGGACACAGCCAAGGAACUCCGGGUCCUGCUCUUCCCAAAAAAAACCCCCCUCGGGUUUUGGGGGGAAUAGAAAAGUUUGGAAGCACA